AUGAAAAAGAAGGAAUUCAAAUGGAGUGAGGAUGUGAACGUUAAAAGUGAAGUGACUGAGAUUGUUCUUGUUCGACAUGGAGAAACCACUUGGAAUGCUGCAGGAAGAAUCCAGGGACAAAUGGAAUCAGAGCUUAACGAGGUUGGACAAAAGCAAGCUGUUGCAAUCGCUGAUAGAUUGGGAAAAGAGGCCAGACCCAUAGCUGUGUAUUCAUCAGACCUCAAGCGAGCUAAAGACACAGCUCUCAUGAUCGCGGAAACUUGUUUUUGUCCCGAGGUGAUUGAAGUAGCAGAUUUAAAGGAGAGGCAUGUGGGUAUUCUCCAAGGACUGUAUUGGAAAGAAGGAGCAGAGAAAGAACCUGAAGCUUACUCUGCUUUCUUCUCUUCCCAAAAUGGCCUAGAGAUUCCUGGAGGAGGAGAGAGCUUUGACCAACUUUGUGACAGAUCCAUGAAGGCUCUUGAGCAAAUUGCAAAGAAGCACAAAGGAGAGAGAGUGAUAGUGGUGACUCAUGGAGGAGUGUUGAGGGCAAUUUACUUGAGGAUUACGCAAGCUUCCUCCGCCGGAAAACUCCUCAAUGCUUCCGUGAACGUUGUUCACUUCCGUGGGGACGGUAAAUGGACCAUCGAUUCGUGGAGCGAUGUUUCGCAUCUCUCCUCCGUUGGAUUUCUCCAACGUGGUUUUGAUGGAGACGCCAAGCCCUAG